AUGGGCAGACUGGGUUAUUGGACCCUGCUGGUGCUGCCGGCCCUUCUGGUCUGGCGCGGUCCGGCGCAGGGUGCGGCGGCGGAGAAGGGUCCCCCGGCGCUGAACAUUGCGGUGCUGCUGGGUCACAGCCACGACGUGACGGAGCGCGAACUGCGAAACCUGUGGGGCCCCGAGCAGGCAGCAGGGUUGCCCCUGGACGUGAACGUGGUGGCCCUGCUGAUGAACCGCACGGACCCCAAGAGCCUCAUCACACAUGUGUGCGACCUCAUGUCUGGGGCGCGCAUCCAUGGCCUUGUGUUUGGGGACGACACCGACCAGGAGGCCGUGGCUCAGAUGCUGGAUUUUAUCUCUUCGCAGACUUUCAUCCCCAUCCUGGGCAUCCACGGGGGCGCAUCUAUGAUCAUGGCUGACAAGGAUCCGACGUCAACCUUCUUCCAAUUUGGAGCGUCCAUCCAGCAACAAGCCACGGUCAUGCUGAAGAUCAUGCAGGAUUACGACUGGCAUGUCUUCUCCUUGGUGACCACCAUCUUCCCUGGCUACAGGGACUUUAUCAGCUUCAUCAAGACCACAGUGGACAACAGCUUUGUGGGCUGGGACAUGCAGAACGUGAUCACCCUGGACACUUCCUUCGAGGACGCAAAGACGCAAGUCCAGUUGAAGAAGAUCCACUCUUCCGUCAUCCUGCUCUACUGUUCCAAAGAUGAGGCCGUCCUCAUCCUGAGUGAGGCCCGCUCCCUGGGCCUCACUGGAUAUGAUUUCUUCUGGAUUGUCCCCAGCUUGGUUUCUGGGAACACGGAGCUCAUCCCCAAAGAGUUUCCAUCAGGACUCAUUUCAGUCUCCUACGACGACUGGGACUACAGCCUGGAGGCGCGAGUGAGGGACGGCCUGGGCAUCCUAACCACUGCCGCGUAUUCCAUGUUGGAGAAGUUCUCCUAUAUCCCUGAGGCCAAGGCCAGCUGCUACGGGCAGACAGAGAAGCCGGAGGCCCCACCACACACCCUGCACCAAUUUAUGGUCAACGUGACAUGGGAUGGCAAAGACUUGUCCUUCACUGAGGAAGGCUAUCAGGUGCACCCCAGGCUGGUGGUGAUUGUGCUGAACAAGGACAGAGAAUGGGAAAAGGUGGGCAAGUGGGAGAACCAGAGCCUGAGCCUCAGGCACGCCGUGUGGCCGAGGUACAAGUCCUUCUCAGACUGCGAGCCGGACGACAAUCAUCUGAGCAUCGUCACCCUGGAGGAGGCCCCCUUUGUCAUCGUGGAAGACAUUGACCCGCUGACCGAGACGUGCGUGAGGAACACUGUGCCGUGUCGGAAGUUCGUCAAAAUCAACAAUUCAACUAACGAGGGGAUGAAUGUUAAAAAGUGCUGCAAGGGGUUCUGCAUCGAUAUCCUGAAGAAGCUCUCCCGUACCGUGAAGUUCACCUAUGACCUCUACCUGGUGACCAACGGGAAGCACGGCAAGAAAGUUAACAACGUGUGGAACGGAAUGAUCGGUGAGGUGGUCUAUCAACGGGCGGUCAUGGCGGUCGGCUCGCUCACCAUCAAUGAGGAGCGUUCUGAGGUGGUGGACUUCUCUGUGCCCUUUGUGGAGACGGGGAUCAGCGUCAUGGUUUCAAGAAGCAACGGCACGGUCUCACCUUCUGCUUUUCUAGAACCGUUCAGCGCCUCCGUGUGGGUGAUGAUGUUUGUGAUGCUGCUUAUCGUGUCCGCCAUAGCUGUUUUCGUCUUCGAGUACUUCAGUCCCGUUGGAUACAACAGGAGCUUAGCCAAAGGGAAAGAGCUCACGGGCCAGUGGCAGUUUCAGAGACCUCACGACUAUUCCCCACCUUUCCGAUUUGGCACGGUGCCUAACGGCAGUACCGAGAGAAACAUUCGUAAUAACUACCCCUACAUGCAUCAGUACAUGACCAAAUUCAAUCAGAAGGGAGUGGAAGAUGCCUUGGUCAGCUUGAAAACUGGGAAACUGGACGCUUUCAUCUACGAUGCUGCGGUCUUGAAUUACAAGGCCGGGAGGGAUGAAGGCUGCAAGCUGGUGACCAUCGGGAGCGGGUACAUCUUCGCCACCACUGGCUACGGAAUUGCUCUCCAGAAGGGCUCCCCUUGGAAGAGGCAGAUUGACCUGGCCCUGCUCCAGUUUGUGGGUGAUGGCGAGAUGGAGGAGCUGGAGACACUGUGGCUCACGGGGAUCUGCCACAACGAGAAGAACGAGGUGAUGAGCAGUCAGCUGGACAUCGACAACAUGGCGGGCGUGUUCUACAUGCUGGCGGCUGCCAUGGCCCUCAGCCUCAUCACCUUCAUCUGGGAACACCUCUUCUACUGGAAGCUGCGCUUCUGUUUCACGGGCGUGUGCUCCGACCGGCCGGGGCUGCUGUUCUCCAUCAGCAGGGGCAUUUACAGCUGCAUUCAUGGAGUGCACAUCGAAGAGAAGAAGAAGUCUCCAGACUUCAACCUGACCGGAUCCCAGAGCAACAUGUUAAAACUCCUUCGGUCAGCCAAAAACAUCUCCGACAUGUCCAACAUGAACUCCUCAAGAAUGGAUUCCCCCAAAAGGGCUGGAGACUUCAUCCAAAGAGGUUCCCUCAUCAUGGACAUGGUUUCAGAUAAGGGAAAUUUGAUCUAUUCAGACAACAGGUCCUUUCAGGGGAAAGACACCAUUUUUGGGGACAACAUGAACGAACUGCAAACAUUCGUGGCCAAUAGGCACAAGGACAGCCUCAAUAACUAUGUGUUCCAGGGACAGCACCCUCUCACGCUCAAUGAGUCCAACCCCAACACGGUGGAGGUGGCCGUGAGCACAGAAUCCAAAGCCAACUCCAGGCCCCGGCAGCUUUGGAAGAAAUCCAUGGAGUCACUGCGCCAAGACUCCCUGAGCCAGAACCCUGUCUCCCAGAGGGACGAGGGAGCAGUGGAGAACAGGACCCACUCCCUAAAGAGUCCUAGAUACCUUCCAGAAGAGGUGGCCCAUUCGGACAUCUCGGAAACUUCGAGUCGGGCCACGUGCCACAGAGAGCCAGACAACAACAAGAACCACAAGACCAAGGACAACUUCAAAAGGUCAGCAGCCUCCAAAUACCCCAAGGACUGCAGUGAGGUCGAGCGCUCCUACCUGAAAACCAAAGCGAGCUCCCCCAGGGACAAGAUCUACACCAUCGAUGGUGAGAAGGAGCCCAGUUUCCACUUAGACCCUCCCCAGUUCGUUGAGAAUAUGGCCCUUCCCGAGAACGUGGAGUUUACAGACGCCUACCCAGACCACGACGAGAACUUCCGCAAGGGGGACCCCGCGCUGCCGGCCACCAGGAACCCCCUGCACAAUGAAGACGGACCCCCCAACAAUGACAAGUAUAAGUUCUACUCCAAGCACUUCACCCUGAAAGACAAGAGUCCCCCUCACAGCGAGGGCAGCGAGCGGUACCGACAGAACUCCACCCACUGCAGGAGCUGCCUUUCCAACCUGCCCACCUACUCCGGCCACUUCACCAUGAGGUCCCCAUUCAAGUGCGACGCCUGCCUGCGGAUGGGGAACCUGUACGACAUCGACGAAGACCAGAUGCUCCAGGAGACAGGGAGCCCGGCCGCCCAGGAGGAGGUCUACCAGCAGGACUGGGCGCAGAACAGCACCCUCCAGUUCCAGAAGAACAAACUCAGGAUCAGCCGUCAGCACUCCUACGACAACAUUCUCGACAAACCUCGGGAGACAGACCUUAGCAGGCCCUCCAGGAGCAUAAGCCUCAAGGACCGGGAACGGCUUCUGGAGGGAAACCUGUAUGGGAGUCUCUGUAGCGUGCCCUCAAGCAAACUCUUGGGGAACAAAAGCUCCCUCUUACCCCAGGGUCUGCAGGACAGCAAACGGAGCAAGUCUCUCUUGCCGGACCACACCUCCGAGAACCCUUUCCUCCGCUGCCAUGGGGACGAGCGACGCUUAGUCAUUGGGAGAUGCCCCUCGGACCCUUACAAACACUCGCUGCCAUCCCAGGCCGUGAAUGACAGCUACCUUCGAUCGUCCUUGAGGUCCACAGCGUCGUACUGUUCCAGGGACAGUAGAGGCCACGACGACGUGUAUAUCUCAGAGCAUGUCAGGCCUUAUGCUGCAAAUAAGAACAAUAUGUACUCCACCCCCAGGGUUUUGAAUUCCUGCAGCAGUAGACGUGUGUACAAGAAAAUGCCUAGUAUCGAAUCUGAUGUUUAG